AUGGACUAUGAAGAAGCAACAAUUAUAAUCAAAAGUUCUCUGGACAGUUCAUUAAGGAAAUUGGGAAGUUAUUGUAUAUUGUCUAUCAGAGAAACAGAAUCUAGAAGGUUUGCGGCUGUGUGUAAAUUAAUAAGCAUAUUGAUAAAACAUUUGAAAACACAAAAUCAAAUAACAACUAUCCGUGACAUAUACUACCAGGAUGUGGAGGUUUUCAGCCAUAGUCAAAAAGAGUGUAGAUUCCUUUUGGACCAAUUUGUAGAGUGUGGUUUAGGGUGGUCAUUAUGUGACGAUCUAAAUAUUCAUCCAACUCAGAAAGGACUAGUAUAUGGUGAUUAUUUCCAUGCAUUAAGUAUCAAAUCAGAACCAAUUUUAAUACCGAUUAAUUAUACUGAUUUUUUUGGAACAGGAAUCAUGCAAAUAAAAAACAAAAAAGUACUUGUUGUGAUAUUAGAGAAAGAUGCAGUUUAUCAAUGCCUUUGCACCUAUUUAAAACAACAUAGCAUAAUAAACCAGUUUUUAAUAGUCACAGCAAAGGGGUAUUCUGAUGGCUUGACAUUAAGAUUUCUUACAUGGUUACGAACCAAUGAAAAUUGCAAAUUCAUGGGUUUUUUCGAUUCUGACGUUUACGGACUUAACAUUUAUUGGCAAUAUCGUCAGAAACUUCCCGGGAUAGAGUAUUCUGGUAUCUACUUGCUUGAAUCGCAGCCCAGUACAUGGUUAAGCAUAAGCUUGCGCGAUAUCUCUAUGAUGAUAAAUAUCUGCAAAAACAGAAACAAAAACAAUAAUAAUACCGCAGCAUAUCGUGAACUUACAAGAGGAUUAUAUCUAUUCAAGAAAGCAGAAAUGAAUGUGAUUCAAGCUAAAGAUACUAACCAAUCCUAUGUCAACUACAUGGUCUUAAAAAUUCUUGAUACGGCUAGUUAUACGGAAUAA